AUGACCCACUCCUGCUGCUCUCCUUGCUGCCAGCCCACCUGCUGCAGGACCACCUGCUGCAGGACCACCUGCUGGAAACCAGCCUGUGUCACCAGCAGCUGCAGCUCCCCCUGCUGCCAGCCCAGCUGCGGUGGCCAAACCAGCUGUGGUUCCAGCUGCUGCCAGCCCUGCUGCCCCCCAACCUGCUGUCAAACCAGCUGCUGCAGCACCUGCUUCAAGCCCACCUGUGUGACCAGCUGCUACAGCACCCCUAUCUGCCAGCCUAGGUGCUGUGUGUCCAGCUGCUGCCAGCCCAGCUGCUGUGAGUCCAGUUCCUGUGGCCAAACCAGCUGUGGCUCCAGCUGCUGCCAGCCCAGCUGCUGCCAGCCCACCUGCUGCCAGCCAGCCUGCUCUGGACCCGUGAUCUGCACCAGAACCUGCUACCACCCCACGUGCGUCUGCCUGACUGGGAGCCUCCCCGAGAGCUUCGGAUCCAGCUGCUGCCAGCCCUGCAGCUGCUGA